GAGAACCUCUGGAGAACCGCUGGAGAACCCCUGGAGAAUCCCUGGAGAACUUCUGGAGAACCUCUGGAGAACCUCUGGAGAACCUCUCCCUGAUGCAGACCAGCGCCAUUCUCCUAUGGCAGCUGGACCUUUGACCUGUUGGACUAGUUGAACAUUCCAAAGCCAUAAAUCCAAGUACACAUGGAGUACUUCAGAUACUACACUGUUCAGACGUGUAGUCUGUGUAAAUGUGUUUCUACUAGAAUGUUUGAAAAGAGAGAGAGAAAUAAAAAGGGUGAACGGUUGAAGGGGAUUGGUGGUUGAAUGUUGUGUGUGACACGACAAAGCAUUGACGUCAAGGUGUAAACAGUGAGUCACGUGACCCACUCCUGUCACUUCGUCCUAACGUUCAGCUCAGCAGAAGGACGGAGGGCGGGAAAGGCAGCAUAACUGCUGCAGUGACUCGGAGUGAACAGACCGUGGAGCUGUCAGCAGCGCCGUGGACACACAACGACUCCAACCUGGAUGAUCAGCACCGGCUCCCGGAGCCACGGAACCUCCCGUCAGCCGCACCGACGGUUGCGAUGGUGCCCAGGGUCCCGUACCCCUUUCCCACAGUGGACGUUCCUGAACACGCCCACUACACCAUUGGCUCCGUCAUCCUCGCCAUCGGCAUUACCGGCAUGGUUGGCAACUUCCUUGUCAUUUAUGCCUUCAGCAGGAGUCGCAGCCUGCGGACCCCGGCCAACAUGUUCAUCAUCAACCUGGCCGUCACAGACCUGCUGAUGUGCCUCACUCAGACGCCCAUCUUCUUCACCACCAGUCUGCACAAGAGGUGGAUCUUUGGAGAGAAAGCCUGUGAGGUAUAUGCUUUCUGUGGCGCCCUCUUUGGGAUCUGCUCCAUGAUCACACUGACUGUGAUUGCGGUCGACCGCUACGUUGUCAUCACUCGACCUCUGACCUCCAUCGGAGUUCUGUCAAAAAAGCGUGCGUUCCUGGUUCUUCUGGGCGCCUGGUUCUAUUCCCUGGGCUGGAGUCUGCCUCCGUUCUUCGGCUGGAGUGCCUACGUCCCAGAGGGUCUGAUGACCUCCUGUACGUGGGACUACAUGACCUUUACCCCCUCUGUGCGGGCCUACACCAUGCUGCUCUUCAUCUUUGUCUUCUUCCUGCCGCUCUUCAUCAUCAUCUACUGCUACAUCUUCAUCUUUCGUGCGAUCCGUAACACCAACCAGGCCGUGGGGAAGGUGAACGGCAGCGUGCACAGUCACAGCAGCGGACGGAACUUAGUGAAGAGCCGCCACCGUCUCCAGAACGAGUGGAAAAUGGCCAAGAUCGCUCUGAUGGUCAUCCUCCUGUACGUCAUCUCCUGGUCGCCGUACUCCGCCGUCGCCCUCACCGCCUUCGCAGGAUAUGCAGACAUGUUGACGCCGUACAUGAACUCCGUCCCGGCCGUCAUUGCCAAGGCCUCAGCGAUCCACAACCCCAUCAUCUACGCCAUCACACACCCCAAGUACAGGGUGGCGUUAGCCAAGUACAUCCCUUGUCUUGGCGUCCUGCUCUGCGUCCAUCCUCGCGACCUCCGCUCGUCCAGCAGCAGUUUCGUCUCGACGCGGCGCUCCACCGUGACCAGUCAGUCGUCUGAGAUGAGCAGCCAGUACAGACGCCACGCCGCCGGCCAGUCUCGCCUCUCGUCCGCCUCGGACAGUGAAUCGGGUUUGACCGACACCGAGGCAGAUCUGUCCAGCGUGGGCUCCAGGUCGGCCAGUCGUCAGGUGUCCUGUGACGUCAGCAGGGACACGGCUGAACUGGUGGACUUUAAACCAUCGUCCAGCUUCAAGGCCAAGAUGAAGAACAACGACUCUGGAAUCUUUGAACGGACGUCCUGUGACAAUGAUGUCUCACCUAACACAGAUGUCACCAAGAGCUCUCUGGGUCGAAUCCCCAGCAUCGUGGUCACUGCUGAGACCGGCCCCUUUCUACCCAUUGGACGAAGCAGUUCACGCAGCGCUCGUCCAAAAUCCUCCAGUAAAGACAGCGCCGUCAUAUAGAGUCCAGGGUCGUUCUACCACUAACUUCAGCAAAAAGAAACCCGUUUCUGUCACUGCUGGUGAAGAGGACAGUCAAACAGUUUUCUCCCCAUAACCUCAGUGACAUCAGUCAACACAGAUUCCUGCAAAUGCACUUUUGUUCAGAAGAAAAUGUUGUCCUUAAAAAAUGUCCUGAAGUUACCUUCGGUUUUUUCUAUUCCCUCGUCUUUACUUUUGUUGUGUUUGUUUUUUGAAAGGUGAUCAUGUGAUGUGAUGUGAUGUUGAUGAUGUUGACAUUUGACCUCUCAUUAUUAAGUUGGAGUUCAUCUAUAAAUAUGUUAGUGAUGUACUGUACGUGACUGAACCUUCUGGCUCAUUUAGCAUCUAGUGUAUGAUUAGAGGAGGUUAGCUGGAGCUAACUGGAAGAUUUGAACCAACCUAAAUAAGCUGUUGGCUAAUGCUAGUAAAGGAUAACCUCCAGCUCGUCUGAACCUAAGUUUAUAUCUAUUCUUUUCCUAAUUAUUAUUAUUAAUUAUCUUAGUAAAGUUACCUUUUUUAUUCUGUUUUGUCUUUGCACAUCAAAGUUGAUUAAAUAAAACAACAUAAUGUUUCUGUAAAUGAAAG